GCAGGCGCCGAGGGAUGUUUGUCCAGUUCGACGCUGGAGGGUUUGAGAUCGGAGUGUUCGACGGUGUGGUUCGACCGCGUCGCGUACGAAAGUGCGGAGAGUCUUUACUACGUACGACUAUUGCAGCAGCAAAACGGCACGACCGCUCCUGCGAGUUCUUCCGCAAGAAACAAGCAAGAAACCUGCCGGCAUGGAGAGCAAGAGGCUUGUCAUCAUGUCGUUAAUGCUGUGUGGGUGAAUAAACCCAACUUUGACCAAGCCGAGAGCAAGUUUGUGGGCCGCGUUCCCAACCAACCGAGAUCUCUCCAACUGCAGCCCGCUAGCUGCGACGAGGGCUACCAAUCGCAAACCCCGACUCCGCCCACACCGGCUUCCAGACCAAUCAACGGCCUCCCUUCCUUGCCACCGCCUCCAAUGGGGGUGUGGCUACAGAAACCUCUUUUUGAUAAAGCCGAGGCGACUUUCUAUCAGAACCUGUACGGCCAAAACUCGCCACCGAGAAACCCGGAAACCAGCGGCGACGAGUCCAACUCCAAACGGCGAAAUAACGCGCAAAAAAAGCCUGUAAUUUGCAAUGGGCGGGAAACCGACAACAUCUCCACCAAUCAGGGAGCGGCACGCUGCUAUUUCCUGCAUGCUGACAGCGAGAGGGUGUGGCUAGAUCGCGGUCGCUAUGCGGAGGCGGAGACUUGUUUCUGUGAAGAAGCUGCGGCGAGAUCCGUCAAAACGUCUAUAAACCAUUCUAGCCAGAAGCAGAAGUAUGACUCAAUACUCGAGAAAAUACACUUUUCUCACACACUGAUGACUGCAGCGGAGUGUUUGGCGCAGGAGAGGAUCUGGUUCGAUAAGCCACGUUACGAUGAAGCGGAACGGCAAUUUUAUGAGCGGAUGAAUGGACCCACGCAGCCCAAACAAGACACUGGCGCUAACAGCAUCCUUCAGGACAUCGCAAGAGCACGAGAAAACAUUCAGAAAUCUCUCGCUGGGCUGAAGACAACCUUGCAGCCAAGUAGAGGCUCCGCCCCUAAAAUAUCAAACCCCUCCCACCGCUCGUCUCCUGUAAGUGUGUGUUGGGACGACGAGACGGAAAUGGCGAAGCUGGAGGAGUGCGUGCGGUCGGUGCAGGUGGAUGGGCUGCUGUGGGGAGCCUCCAAACUGGUUCCUGUGGGUUACGGCAUCAAGAAACUGCAGAUCAACUGCGUGGUGGAGGACGACAAGGUGGGAACAGACUUCCUAGAGGAGGAGAUCACCAAGUUUGAGGACUAUGUUCAGAGUGUGGAU